CGCCAAACACUUCUUCAGAGCAGACAAGACAGUAAAGGCUCAAUUGUCUGUUUCUAUUUGGCUGACUUUGUCAGGAAAAUUGGUGAAAAUGCUGCCGAAUAUCCAGGACGACUUGAAGACGAACGGGGUCCUGUUUCAGAAUUGGUCCAAGACCUUUUCUAGUCAUUGUGCUGGCGUUUACCGACCUCGUACAGAAGAAGAGGUUCGGAAGAUACUUGUCGAAGCGAAUGCAAAAAGAAAACACAUACGCGUGGUUGGUGCAGGUCACUCUCCCAGUGAUUUAGUAUGCACGAGUGGGUAUCUGUUGUCCUUAGACAACUUAAACAGUGUAAUUUCACUUGAUCAAGAAAAACAAACGGUUACCGUUCAAGGUGGAAUUCGGUUGAAUCGAUUGCAGUCGGUGCUGGAAAAGCUUGGCUACUCGUUGCCUAUUGUCGGCAGUGUCACGGAUAUUUCUGUUGCGGGAACUUGUGCUACUGCUACUCAUGGUAGUAGUCUGCAGCAUUGUAUUAUGUCACAUUAUAUCGAGUCACUGCAUUUGAUGCUUGCUGAUGGAUCAGUAGUAACGUGUUCGCGCGCUCAACAACCGAACGUGUUUGCUGCUGCACAGGUUAGUCUUGGUGCAUUGGGUGUAGUCAUAUCCAUGACGCUUAAGAUUGUUCCCAUGUUCUUCCUCGAAGCCACCGAAACCGUUGUGCCUCUAUCGACGGUAUUUUCGCAAUGGUCAUCAAAUCAGUUUUGGGAGCAAGGCGACUUUGUGCGCUUGCAGGUCUUUCCUUUCACAAAUAAGGGAUUAGUUUGGUCGGCCAAAAAAAUUGAACCCUCUAAGCAUCUAAUCAAGAACUACACGUUUGGUAAACCCAAAGGACUCAUACAUUGGUUUGAUAAAAUCAUGUACCAGUGCAUGCUAUUAUUUGGCCGUAUCUUUAAACGCGCCUUGCCUCUUAUUGAGCGCAUUUGGUUUUAUAUGCAUUAUGGAUUCAGAGAUGGUCAGGUUUCUUUCAGUCGCGGCCCCGGCAUCCAACAAAUGCAGAUGUAUUGCUGGUUUUCGCAGUACGUAAACGAGUGGUCUAUUCCUAUUUCAAAAGCCCCCGAGGCCUUGGAACGCUUGGUGAGAUGGAUUCAAGGCGAUGUGGAACACGCCGAGAUUCCUUUUGAUGCUCGAGGUGUUACGGCACACUGGCCCAUUGAAGUUCGUGUAGCCGCACCUACGCCUCUUAACGAGUGUUGGCUUUCGACCGCUCCGGAAACCACUUGUUACUUGGAGGUGAUUGUUUAUCGUCCCUUUGGCCUUUCCAUGCCGUACGAACGACUUUGGCAGGCCUUUGAGUACUUGAUGAAUCAGUAUGGCGGAAAACCGCAUUGGGCCAAGCGUCACAGUUUGCCUCCGGAAGAGCUAAAAGCUCGAUACCCAAAGCUGCGCCAAUGGCUUCAAUUGCGGAGCAUGUUGGAUCCAAAUAAUGUUUUUUGGAAUGAAUACAUGCAACGUUCCUUUGGAACCAAUGAGGAGUAAUUUGGAUCUACGACCUUUUUGUUUUGAAAAAUCUUGCAAUGCUUGAUUCAAUUCGUGUUUACGCUUAUGGGAUAGUUAUGACCUUAUCCUUAAUGUUGUUGCUUAUGAAUUAUUAACGGCUAUAAAAUUGUUUUCCCGACGAGCAUUUUGUAUUUGAUAUGAAACGAGUUUGGCUAGAUAGACAGUGUUUUCCAAUUAUAUUUUCGUUAUAUACGGAUGGAAUUGGAAUUGCUUUGAAGAUUUCCAUGUUGUAGUUUUUCU